AUGGCUACUGAACUUAAACAGCAACGUGCUAACACGAAGAAGAAUAUAACACGGAUCAGGAGUAUCAUAGAACGAAAUGCAAAAUCAGACACAACGGUUUUAUCGCCUAUUGAACUAAAAUGCCGUUUAGGUAUUUUGGAAUCGUAUUUUACGCAGCUAAUGAGCUACCAAAUUCGAAUUGAAGAAUUGGAUCCCGAAGACAAUAUGAGAGGCGAGCUUAAGGAUCUAUAUGUCAACAUCAAAACAUCUAUUCAAGAGCAACUAGGUGAGGAUUUGCAUAUGUCGUUACGAGAUCACACGUUUUCACCUGUCUCAUCAAUUACGAGAUUGCCACUGUUAAAAUUGCCGUCGUUUAGUGGAACAUACUCUGAAUAUAAAUAUUUUAUUUCGUCUUUUAAUCAAAUCAUUGACAGAGAAGUUGAUUUGUCAAAUAUUGAAAAAUUUGAUUAUAUGUUAAACUGUUUACAUGGACAAGCAUUGGCUUUUCAAGUUAGUAACGAAAAUUAUCCAAAGGCACUUCAAAGAUUGAAAUCCCGCUAUGAUAAUAGCAGCUUAAUUUUUAUGGCAAAUAUUGCUUCACUGUUUGAAUUGCCACAUACAUCAAGGCAAAGUUGUAGUCAACUUAGAAGCCUGGUUGACAAUGUGUCUGCAAUCUACGAUUCGCUGCGCUUAAUUGGCUCCGACAAGCAAAUUUCAAAUGCAAUGCUAAUUUACUUGGCAAUGCAAAAGGUGGAUGAUGGUUCAAAAAAUAAGUGGAUGGAAUCUCUUGACUUUAAUUCUUUGCCUUUAUGGGAAGACUGCGCUAAGGUUCUGGAAACACUCUGCCAAUUUCUUGAAUCGAUUGAAACGCCACUUCGGUCUCAAGACACUAUUCGUAGGAAUGACAAGUUUUCUAAAAAGAUCGAUAAGCAUCAAUCUCGUCAAAAUUGCUCAUUUGUUUGUACUAAACGCACUUGUCCGUUGUGUGACACUACUGAUCACAUCAUUACUGGUUGUCAGCGCUUUAUGUCUGUUCCGGAUCGUUUCGAAAAUGUGAAAAGACUUUCUGUCUGCAUAAACUGCUUAUCCAAAAAUCAUAAAGUUACUCAGUGUACAUCUACUUUCAAAUGCAAGAUUUGUUUACGGUCUCAUCAUACAAUGCUUCAUCGAGCUCAAAAUACAUCAAGUACGUUUUCGUUAUCGCCAGCACCUCAACCUACGGUGCAAACUACAUCAGCUGUUGUUCAUACUCAUUUAGGAAAUUCAUCGCAAAAUACAAUUGUUAUCGUCACAGCAAUUGUGCUUUUCCGUGAUAACACUGGUAACUAUCGGUUAGGGAGAGCGCUCCUCGACUUCUGUUCACAGAUUAAUUUAGUAUCUGAAGAAUUUUCCCAAAAAUUGAGAUCACCGCGUGAAAGACAUAACAUACAAAUCAGUAGUAUUGGUGACACAAAUACAAGGAUAAAACAUGAAACCUCAACUAAAUUAAAAUCUCGCUUCGCUGAUUUCGAAAUUCCACUUGAUUUUUGCAUCACUUCUCAUAUUUCGUACCAGCCUCUAUCACAAAUUGAUAUUUCUUCUUGGAACCAGCAAACACUAAGCUUGCAGAUGAAAAUUUCUAUAAAUCAAAUCGUAUCGACCUAUUAUUAUGUAGGAGCAGAGACAUUCUUCAAUAUACUUUGCGUAGGACAAAUCAAACUUAAAGAUAACUUACCUACGCUUCAAAAAACAUUGAUUGGUUGGGUUUGUCCAAUUUGGACGUAA